AUGGAGAGGGAUGGAAUUGAAAAGAAAUUGGGGGAGAAAGAAUUGAGAAAAUCUGUAGAUGAAGUUUCGAAUCUUGCUCUUGACAUUGGAGGAUCGCUCAUUAAGAUGGUGUAUUUCUCAAGAAACAGUGAUAUCUUUGUUGAUUGCUCUUCCAAUGGAAACUUGAACAAUAGUAUCCUAAGUGGGAGGCUUCAUUUUGAGAAGUUUGAAACAAGAAAGAUCGAUGAUUGGAUAAAAUUUUUAUCUACCAAGCAGCUUCGACACUGUGGUAGUCAGUCCAAUCAGUCUCCUGCCAGUGACAAAAAUAUUAUUAAGGCCACAGGUGGUGGGGCAUUUAAAUUUGCAGAUUUACUUAAGGAAAAGCUCGGAAUUAUUCUGGACAAGGAAGACGAGAUGGAUUGUCUUGUUACUGGAGCAAAUUUUCUGCUUAAGGCAGUACACCAUGAAGCUUUUACAUAUAUGAAUGAUCAGAAGGAGUAUGUUCAGAUUGACCAAAAAGAUUUGUAUCCUUAUCUCCUUGUCAAUAUUGGAUCUGGGGUCAGCAUGAUCAAGGUAGAUAGCGACAGCAAGUUUGAGCGAGUCAGUGGAACGAGUGUGGGUGGCGGUACAUUUUUGGGCUUGGGAAAACUUUUGACAAAGUGUAGAAGUUUUGAUGACUUGUUAGAGUUGAGUCACCGGGGAAACAACCGAGAGAUAGACAUGCUUGUGGGGGACAUAUAUGGUGGAAUGGACUAUUCGAAGAUUGGCCUAGCAUCGACAGCGAUUGCUUCUAGUUUUGGCAAGGCAAUAUCCAAAGAACAAGAGCUUGAAGAUUAUAGACCUGAAGACAUAGCGAGGUCACUGCUAAGAAUGAUUUCAAAUAACAUUGGACAGAUAGCUUACUUGAAUGCCCUACGCUUUGGACUCAAGCGGAUUUUUUUUGGAGGAUUUUUCAUUCGUGGCCAUGCUUACACAAUGGACACAAUUUCUGUUGCAGUUAAUUUCUGGUCAAAAGGUGAAGCUAAAGCUAUGUUUUUGCGGCAUGAAGGAUUUCUUGGGGCUUUGGGAGCAUUUAUGAGCUAUGAAAAGAAUGAUCCUGUAGACGAAGCCUCCCAUCAAUUAAUGAAACAAUUCCCAAAAGGUCCCUACUGCAUCGAAGAUCGAUUUCAAAGCUCAGAUUCUACAAAUGCAAGUGAUAAUGGUUGUAUAGAAUGUCGACUGCAAGUCACCAAAUGA